UUUCAGUGAUAUUUUCAGUUUAGUCGACGAACGACAACGAUACGAACACGAAUCAUUUGUUGUAGUUUCCGCGUGAAAAUUACAGAAAAGAUUCUGAAAAACAACAACGAAAUCAGCAUCUAGUGCAAAAUGGUAUCCGUGGAGACAGUUGGUUCUAUUUUCAUCAAGGCCCUGAAGCUGAUCAUCAACCUGGUGAUCAUCUUCCUCUACCGCUGGGGCGAUGGAGGCGAGUUCUUGGGCAUCGGUGGCACUUGGAACCUGAACGAGGAGAAGAGCGCCGAUGCGGAAAUUGUGGCCUCGGGCGUUAUGGUGGGAUUCUUGAUCUACACAGGAUGCCAUACGAUUGCCUAUGCCUUUGGCACUACCAAGCAUAAGGGAGAACUCUGUGACACCAUCAUGAACGUGGUUGGCUGCAUCAUGUGGAUCGCCGUAGGCGGAGUUGCUCUGCAUUACUGGAAGGGAUACAUGUCCGACGAGGGAUUCCUGUACGUCAACUCGGAACGCCAAGUGGGCAUUGCCAUGGGAUCGCUGUGCGUCAUUGAGGGCGCACUGUAUCUGCUGGACACCGUGCUGGCCUGCAUACACUAUUCGAAGGGCGACACCGACUAUACCCAGUAAAGCGUGACAGCAACGGGGAGGAUAAUCGCAAUCGCCGAAUAGCACACACAUCAACAUUAUUUGUCUUUAUGCAUAGAAUCGUUUUAAGUGCAAAUUAGUUUAUAUCCGCAAUCAGGCUACUUUCGUAAGGGUCAAAUGUCGUUGUUUUAUACACUAACUGUUUAAUAUUUUCUAUUCACGAUGAACGUUUUACAUUUUUUUGGCAAAUACAAAUAGUUAAGACCACGCCACGGAAAAA